GGGUUGCAGGAGGCGGGCGGGGGAGGAGCGCCGCGGGCGGGCGGGGCCAGCUGGGCGGCCGGGCCAUGCAGGGCGCAGAGCCGGCUAAGUGCUACUGAGACCCGGCUCUGCGCGCCCAGGAGCGGCUGGUGCCCCCCGCGCUCCCCACUCUGCUACCGCAACUGGGCUACAUCUGGACAGGGCGCCGCUCGGCGGGGCCGAAGCAGGGCCACAAUGCUGCUUGGGGCAUCUCUGGUGGGGAUGCUGCUGUUCUCCAAGCUGGUGCUGAAACUUCCUUGGACCCAUGUCGGGUUCUCCCUGCUGUUCCUCUACCUGGGGUCUGGCGGCUGGCGCUUCAUCCGAAUCUUUAUCAAGACUAUCAGACGUGAUAUCUUCGGUGGCAUAGUGCUCCUGAAGGUGAAGUCCAAGGUCCGCCAGCACCUGCGGGAGCGGCGCACAGUGCCCAUCUUGUUCGCCUCCACAGUCCAACGUCACCCUGACAAGACGGCCCUGAUCUUUGAGGGCACGGACACCCACUGGACCUUCCGCCAGCUAGAUGACUACUCAAGCCGUGUGGCCAACUUCCUGCAGGCCCGGGGCCUGGCCUCGGGUGAUGUGGUUGCCCUCUUCAUGGAGAACCGCAAUGAGUUUGUGGGCCUGUGGCUGGGCAUGGCCAAGCUGGGCGUAGAGGCGGCGCUCAUCAACACCAACCUCCGGCUGGACGCCCUGCGCCACUGCCUGACCUCCUCUCAGGCCCGGGCUCUCAUCUUUGGCAGCGAGAUGGCCCCAGCUGUCUGGGAGAUCCACACCAGCCUGGACCCCUUGCUCAGUCUCUUCUGCUCCGGUCCCUGGGAACCCAGCGCGGUGCCCGCUGGCACAGAACACCUGGACCCCCUGCUGGAAGAGGCCCCCAGGCACCUACCCAGCCGCCCCAACAAGGGCUUCUUAGAUAAGCUCUUCUACAUCUACACGUCAGGUACCACAGGGCUGCCCAAAGCCGCCAUCGUGGUGCACAGCAGGUAUUACCGCAUGGUUGCCCUGGUGUACUACGGAUUCCGCAUGCGGCCCGACGACAUUGUUUAUGACUGCCUCCCUCUCUACCACUCUGCAGGAAACAUCGUGGGAAUCGGGCAGUGCCUGCUCCGCGGCAUGACAGUGGUGAUCCGGAAGAAGUUCUCAGCUUCCCGGUUCUGGGACGAUUGUAUCAAGUACAACUGCACAAUUGUGCAGUACAUCGGCGAACUGUGCCGCUACCUCCUGAACCAGCCACCCCGGGAGGCAGAAAACCGGCACCGGGUGCGCAUGGCACUUGGCAACGGCCUCCGACAGUCCAUCUGGACCGACUUUUCUAGCCGCUUCCACAUCCCCCAGGUGGCCGAGUUCUAUGGGGCCACUGAGUGCAACUGCAGCCUGGGCAACUUCGAUGGCCAGGUGGGGGCCUGUGGCUUCAACAGCCGCAUCCUGUCCUCUGUGUACCCCAUCCGGCUGGUACGUGUCAACGAGAACACCAUGGAGCUGAUCCGGGGACCUGAUGGCGUUUGCCUCCCCUGCAAGCCAGGUGAGCCAGGCCAGCUAGUGGGCGCCAUCAUCCAUAAGGACCCCCUGCGGCACUUCGAUGGCUACCUCAACCAGGGCGCCAACAAUAAGAAGAUUGCCAACGAUGUCUUCAGGAAGGGGGACCAGGCCUACCUCACCGGCGAUGUGCUGGUGAUGGACGAGCUGGGCUACCUGUACUUUCGGGACCGCACGGGGGACACGUUCCGCUGGAAAGGGGAGAACGUGUCCACCACCGAGGUGGAGGGCACGCUCAGCCGUCUGCUGGACAUGGCUGACGUGGCAGUGUAUGGCGUCGAGGUGCCAGGAACUGAGGGCCGGGCUGGAAUGGCUGCUGUGGCCAAGCCCUUUGGCAGCUGUGACCUGGAGCACUUUGCCCGACUCUUGGACAAGGAGCUGCCCCUGUAUGCCCGCCCCAUCUUCCUGCGCUUCCUGCCUGAGCUACACAAAACAGGGACCUUUAAGUUACAGAAGAUGGAGCUGCGGAAGGAGGGCUUUGACCUGAAGGUUGUGAAAGACCCGCUGUUCUACCUGGAUGCCCGGAAGGGCCGCUACGUCCCACUGGACCAAGAGGCCUACACCCGCAUCCAGGCAGGCGAGGAGAAGCUGUGAUUGGCCCCAGGUCCCUCUGAGGGCCAGUGGAUGCUGGAUCCAGAGCCCCAGCUCCCACCCCAGAGGGGUCCUGGGCGAAGCCAGACCAAAGCAAGCAGGGCCCAGCACCUUGACCCAGAAGCGCUGACCCCUUCUCCUCAAAACUGCCAAGGGACUCACUGCCGCCUCCCCCGCCCCCAAGGCUUUCUGUGAAAGCCUCACAUCCAUGUUAUGUCUUCGAGGCCACGCAGGGCCUCUGGACCCCAGGCUGAGACUGAGACCCUCAGGAUGAUGUCUUGGGUCAGGGCAGGGGGAGGUGGGAGAUCACCAAGCACUCCCCAAAGAGCAGGCAGCUUGUAAAUGGGACCAAGGCAGAAGCUCCCAGACUCAGGAAGCCAGCCAAGUGGGCAAGGGCAGUGGUGGCUUUGGAUCAGGUAUCCAGAGAGGAUCUAGACCCUGGCGCUGCUCAGAUGUCACCCAGCCCAGGCGGCGCCUGCAGGAGGGCAGGAGGAGGACUGGACGCAGCAGUUGGCCUGGACAGAGCAUGCCCUCCUCCUCUCCCUGGGUGGCUACCUGGCUCUCCCUCUGGCAGGACUUUUCUGUCUCUGUGGGUCUGUCUGUCCGUGUCACCAUCUCCAUCUCUGUACUGGCCUAGCUGUGAGACAAGAAGGGGUGGGAGGCGCUCAGGGGCCAAUAAACUCUGCCUUGACUCCUCCAGCCUGUGUGCAUGCUACCUGAGCUCACCUCUAGCCUGAUCAGGCCCCAGCUCCUGCCCCAGGCACUCACUUGCCCAUUUAUUCAUUCAUUGGGACUGAGGGAUGUGGCAGGUAAGAGGCCACAGCCCCUGUCCGCAGUGUUAUCUCAGACUGAGGGCAGUUCCCACCUGAGCCUGGCAAGGUGUUUUAACAGCAUGAGCUUGAAAGUCCAAACCAACUGUGUCACUUAGGAGCUUGUGGCCUUGGGCAAGUGGCUCAGUGUCCUCAUCUAUGACAUGGGAAUAAUCAGGAUUCAGAGAGCUAAAGGUAGCCAUUAUGAGAAAAGGGCUGUUCAGAGUCUUUGAGGGAGGAAACCCUAGCCCAUGGUGGGGUCCCAUCUCCAGACCCUUGCUCAUGCGGUUCCCUCUGCUGGGGUCCAUUUUCCCAGGGUCUUGGAGGCCGUGGGAGGCAAAGUAGGGCUUCCUAACCAGCUGGGUGGUCUAGGAAAGUUCCUGGAGCAGUCUUUCCAGUGCUGUAGUCAGCAGUGCCAGUGGAAGGCCACCUGUCUCUAGAGCCCAUUGCUGGAGUCACACCCAGGCUGGAAAGGUCCCACCCAGUGGGAAGAGGGUGGUCCAACCCAACACAGGGCAGUAGGCAGUGUGUGUGCCCCAGGGCAUUAUCUGCACUAUUUAACCCUCACCACUUGGCUGUUUAACCUCUGUCACUUGGCUGAGGUCACACAGCGAGUAGUGGGGACUGGAAUGCAAACCCUAGCUCUGUGCUCUUCCUGCUGCUCCACCGCCCCCUUGGUGCAGAAGCCAACAGGAAAGCUAGAAGAGCUUCCAUUCCACACAUGCUUGUGGAGCCAUCUGUGAGCCACACCCCAGGCCAGCAGCUGACAGUUUGGGUGGAGGGUGGCCAGGAUAAGAAAUUUGGGGGGUGACCUUUGAAAGACUGAGGAGUCUGGUGCCACUUUUGACAGAAGUGAGAGGGACAGACCUGGAGUUGGCCCUUGGAGAGCGGUGCUCAGUGGAGUUUGGGAGUGGCAGGCAUGGCUGCGGUGGCCCAGUGUGACCAGCAGAGGGUGCAUGGGGCUUGUAGAAUCAGGUCCAGUCCUUAGCGCUCAGCCAGGGGAGCUGGGAAGAGGGACUGUAAGUUCCUCCUUCACCCCCAGGCAGGUACCCAGCCCAGAGGACUCCCUGGUGGACCUUUGGGCUUCUGAGGAGCUGGACUUGGCUGACAGUGAAGCUUUGUGUCUUUAACCCUCAGCAAUGAACGCUCUCCGAUGGGAAGGAGGCCCCCCGCAGAGGCCCCUGUUCCUUCCCCCAGAUUGAACACCAUCACUGAAAGGCAGUAUGGAGUGGUCGUUAAAAGCUCCAGCUUGGGAGUCAAUCAGACCUGGGUUCAAGUCUAUUUGCCAGGCUGAGCCUCAGUUUCCUCUCCUGUAAAUGGAGAUCUAGGAAUCUCUAUCUUGGGACAGUUACGAACAUACAAUGAGAUCGUGCUUGGAAAUCUCUUAGCAAGGGGUCUGGUGCUGGUAUGUGCUCAGUACGUGGUAGCUAAAAGAAUACGAGAUAUAUUCAGGUAUUAAUACCCCAGACUAGGCCUAAGUUUCCCACUUCUGCACUGCACCCCGCUCUGCUCACAUCCCCUCCGUGAAGGAACGGGACUGGUGGGCCUCUGGGCCUUGCAGCUCUCCUGUCUGCCUCUGGUCAUCUGAAGCCACAGCUGUGAGUCGUCUCCCAUGCCUGCAGCAAGUGCUCGGUAGACAGUGCUUGUGAAGUCAGUUAAUGAUAGCUCCUGUUUAUUGGGCAUUUCCUUACAUGUCUGUAGUGCCCCAUGGUUUACAAAGCGCUGUGUAAGUUCGUCUAUGGAGCAGAUUCUAAAGGCCCACGCUGUGCAGGGAGCUGGUGGCGGGGAUAUGGUGAGCAUGAGAGACCCGGACCCUAGGUCUACCCUCAGGGAGCCCACUAUCUGGGGGCAGGGGAGAGGGGGCUGGCAAGUCAGGAAUUAAAGGGUAUUUGCUUAGCUGCACCCUAACCCAGUGCCCUGACGGGUGGAGGGGUCAUGUUUCAUGGUCACAGGGGCCUUUCAAAGAAGAGUUAUCAAAAAAUAGGAGGGGUAAGAAUGUUCCAGACAGAAGGAGCAGUGAAACAGGCAUGGAGGUGAAGGGUGAGCAGGGCUGAUGAAAGAAGGGUCGUGAGGCUGGAGGGGUGGGGCUAGGGGAGAGCUGAGGCAAGGUGUGCAAAGUGAAUCCUUUGUGGGCCUUUCUCCUUGCACACCUCCAGGUCUGGGAGCUCAGCUAGGAAAUCCUUAUUUCAGGCCAAACCCGCUUCCUUCGACUUGCUAACAGCCACCACCAUGGAGCAUUUCCUACGUGCGCGAUGCAGUGCCAAGCACUUUAUGCGCAUUAUUUCAUUAAACCCAUAACACAAAGCAGCUACUAUUUUUAACCCCAUUCCACAGAUGAGGAACCUGAGGCUCAGAGGGGCAGUCUCUGCAGAGACCACAGGGCCUAGGAAUAGCAGCGCUUGGAUGCAGGCCCCCACCCCGGAGCCUCAGUGUUCCCAUCUGCACGCUGCACUGGGGAAGCUGGAAGGGGCCUGCCUUGAGCGUCCCCGGAGGUCCUACCGCCCUCAGACAGGCAAGUGGCCGCCCAGGCCAGUGCUUGGCGUAUCACUUUCAAUUCCUGGGAAGAAGGUUAAAUACGUCCAAGGGGCCAAUUGAGGCGCUGGCAGCAAGGGAAGGAGCAACCAAGUGACUUUCAAAGGGGCCUGAAUGCGUGGCCAGCCCCUCCCUUGGAGGAGGGGGCCCAGCUUCCUCCCAGCCUAAUGAUAUUCUGGGCUCAGCCCUCGUCUUUGGCGGCAGUUUAACCCGAGCUGGGGCGGAUUUCUUUCUCACUGAUCUCAGCUUGACACUCAAUUAGCACAAGAAUGGGAGGAGGAAGCCUGCGAGAGGCACCUCCCAGUCUCCCGGGGAGCACAAGGGGAGCAGGCGGGGAGACAAAAGGCAGUGGGCAGGGGGGCACCCGCGCCCUUGCCUCCCCCGCAGACGCUGCCAUUGUCUCCCUAGGAGCUUCAGAGGGGAUGGAGGCCAACGCCCGGCCUGGCCAGCCUGCUAGAGGGACAGGGGUUGGGGCCCAAGUCCCUCUUCUGUGUGGAUCCCAGGGGAAGACGUUUGGGUGAGCCAAGCCUAUCAGGACACAGUGAGCGUCAAGAAUCCUGAAGGCAUAACAACCUGGGGUUGGGGCUGGACACAUAGGGGUCCAUGGACAAGUUACCGGUUCUGAGCCUCAGUUUUCAUAUUUGGAAAAUGGAGCCAAUAGUAGCCCCUGUGAGAAAUCAAUCAGAUAAUGCCUAUAAAGCACCUGGCAGAUGCAAAGUGGGCAUUCAGUGCUCUUUGAAUAAAUACAUGUUAAACUAUUACUGUUACUAAUUAGGAGGAUGAGUAAGGUAGGCCUGGGGUCAGAAGAAAAGAGUUUCUAAGACUGAGAGCCAGGCAUUCACAGAAGGGGCUUACUUACUCAGGAGUGAGCUCCCAGUCUCUGGGCUAUGCAAGGAAAAGUUGGAGGCCCCCCUGCCUGUUGAAAUGUGGGAAGGAUUCCCACUCCUCUGGACGGGAAGGAGUGCCUCUGGCCUUCCUACACGCCAUAUCCUGCCCACCUCCACCUCCCGCAGUUCCUUGGGACAUGGGCUUGGAUGUGACUUCCUCUGGGAAGCCUUGCCUGAUCCCGGGGCUGGAAGGGGUCCUCCUCCAGCUCUUUCGGGCCCCUGUGUUUCCCCGUCAUAACAUUGAUUGCACUGUGUGGUCUGUUUUUAUGUCUGUGUCUUUUCCAGAAACAUCAGCCCCAGGAAGGCAGGGACCCCUUGGUUUUGUUCACCGUUGAGUUCCCAGCACCAGCACUGGACCUGGCACUUAACCGGUGCUCAAUGUUUGUUUGUCAAAUGGAUGGACCUUUUCAAAAGCUCUCUACCUCUCCUGUUCCAGCCCCAGGAGGCAGCAAUUCCCAGGGUUAGAGGAUAUUCAGCUCAGAGGUGGGCGAGGAUGAGAGGUCCUUACCUUGUUGGCAAAGAGAAGCCAUUAAAUGACUUUCAGCAA